CGAGCAAUCGAGAAAGUGUGUUUUGCUACGUCUUUAUUACUAAGCAAGUGGAAUUUACGUUUAUUAACGACAAUAUCACUUUGAAACUAAAAAACUAAAAAAUCCGACUGCUUAAUCAAAUUAAAAACACGAUGAUUAUACCUGUACGUUGUUUUACGUGUGGGAAAGUGAUCGGUAAUAAGUGGGAAGCUUAUCUUGGUUUGUUACAGGCAGAAUACACUGAAGGUGAUGCUCUUGACGCAUUGGGUUUAAAACGAUACUGCUGCCGUAGAAUGCUUCUUGGACACGUAGAUUUAAUUGAGAAGCUUUUGAAUUACGCACCAUUAGAAAAAUAAAAAUUGCUACCCAAUUUCCGGGUCCAAAACCAACGUCCCAAUAAGUGACAGUUUCGACGAAUACAGGAAUUAAAAGUCCCAAUAUUGAAAAACAAAAUGCACCAAUUAGUCCAAUAAAGGGUUCGAUAGUUGGUACGAUCACAGCCAAUAAAACUAAAACAUAUAAACAGA